AUGUCGUGUCAUGCUAAUCCCUCACAUAUUCGCAUCCAUAAGCCGUUCCGAGAGCAUAAAACUGAUUUGGAAACUUCCGUCAUCGGGCUGCACUUUGUGGUGACCGCCCACCACUUCCUCGGCGGAAAGCUAAAGAUCCGCUGCACGGCCCGCAUCCACGAGAUUUACCUGCAGUCGUCGGAAAAAUCCAUCGAAGAGGAACGUCCCCGGGUCAUCUCGCAGGCAUCGUCCUCGUCGUCGUCGUCCUCGAACAGCAUCAACAUGAUCCAGAACAGCCCGUACGAUCAACUGCUGGACGACGAGCUGGACCGGAAGGACUUUAUGACACACUUGCACGGGGACAUGUCGUCGGCGUCCGGAAGUGCCCCGCCGGCCACGAGAUCGGUGCCAUCAAUCAGCUCAAUCCGGACCGGACUGCUGGCCACGGCAACAGGGCUGCUAAUAGUUUUUCAUCAUUUGCUCAAAUUUCGCACGAUUUCCAUAACAUGAUUCCGUGACGUGCAUUAGUGAUGUGAUCUCUGUCACUCUUCGUCUUCUCUUACUUUUAGCUCUUUCUGUUUCCAUUUUGUCUUUGUUUCCGGUCGCCUCAACUGUCUUUUAUCUUUUUCCCAUAGUUUUUUUUUGUUGUCUUCUGAGAAGCUAAAAAUCCCCACAACAAGUCAGCCAGCAGCAGCGCGCGCGCGUGUCGGAAAAGCGGGAAAAACUUUUUCUUCAGAUGGACCACACUUUUCCGACUUUGUGGAAACAGAAAAGAAAAAAUGUUCACGCGCUACGAUGAGAAAGAAAGAAAAAAAAAGCUCAUUCCAAGUGAGAGACAGAGGGAAAAGCUGAAAAGCAUCGUGAUGAAGGUGUUAAUGAUAGCGACGACGCUGAUUAAUGGUUGUCGGGGUCGGGAGUGUGCGUGCGAAACUGUGAAUGCGGAAUGUGUGUAUGCAUUGUGUGAAUGGAAUUAAAUUCAAUCAAUUAAGAGCACAACCGGACGAGAUAUUAAAAUAAAAAGCAGAUGCACGCAGAUGGUCAAUGCACUAUAAUGUAAGAAAAUUCAAUUAGAUAAGGUGUAAAUUUGAUUUAAAAAAAAUAACAAAUGAGUAAUGAUGCAAGAAAAGGUAAAUAUGCAUUGUACGAAGGGUACUGUUGAUUACAAAUGAAUUUAAGGCAUGAUGCGUUCAAAAAUUAAAGUAUAUUUUUGUACAACCAAAAAGAGAUAUUCGUCGUUGACCUAGUCGUUGCACAAAGUGAAUCAUAGUCGCCUUCACGUUAUUGUCGAAACAUUGCCUUUGCACCACUUUAAUUGGUAUCGUUUAAAUUAUUCAAAGUGAUAAAUGGGAUGCUUGACUAAAGAAAAAUGUUUCUUGAAAUAAAAGAAGUGUUAAAUAAUUAUUAAAUAAUAAUUUCCAUUUUCGAUCUUUUUUUAUUUGUAUUUUUAAUCUUAUUUAACUUGUUUUGUACUAAUCAAAGCAUUAUUACAAAAAUAGUAAUUUUUCAACAGUUUUAAAUUAUGUAAAUUUUGUAACCAAAAAGCAACUGACAAUUUCUGGUCGAUGGUGAGAACUAAUGUGGAAUGUCUUGUCCGUUGACUAAGUUUUAAAAUAAUCAUUUUUUUCUAUUUUCAAUCAAAUUGGAUCUUUUGUAACUGUUCGAAUGUUUGUUCAUUUUUAAUCACCGAAUGAAUACAAGAAAUCAAUAAUUCUUAAUCCUCUCCUACUUAAACUUGUUUUCGAUGUAUUUUUUUUUUGCGUAUUCAGAAAGCCAUUUUUGUUCAAGUAAAACAUUACUUUUCUUGUUUUAUUUUCAUUUUGAUUUUCUUUUUAAUUUUGUUUUACAAACUUGUUAAGGUUUUGUUUUAAAUUUUAGUUUUAGGCUGAUUUUGCAACCUUCAAUCAUAAUCUCUUACCAAUCUGCUGUUUUAAUAAUUUUCCAAUAAAUUUUCGAUUUUUGAGUGUUACAUCCAGAUUAUUUUAGAUUCAAAAUUGGUUUGAAAUUAAUUGUUUGACGUAUUUUUAUGUCGAAUCCCGUCUAUGAACCUGAAUUUCAUGUUUAAUUUUUUUUGUUGGAGUUUUCCUCUGAUAAAAAAAUUUAGUUUAUUUCAACAACUAAACAGUAAAUUUUUUCAACAGCCUAAUUUUGGAUAUUAGAACAUUAUUUUUAAUGAAAUUAGCGGUUUAAGUAGAAAAACAAAAAAUAAGAAAAAUUCUAAAUUUUAAUUUCACGCUUAUUUAAAGCGCUUUCAAUCAUGCAUACAAUCACUGUUCAAAAUAUUUUUAAAAAUAUUUUCCUAAUUUUUAUCAAAUGUCUUUCAAUUCAAAAAUAUUUUUCAAUUUACUUUUGAUAGUUUUGUGAACAGAAAUUUUGCAAAGGUUUGAAAUACUUGAAGAUGUCAAAAAGAAGUGUAAUUUUUUACGAGGACUUGGAAAUACAUAAAAGUUUUCCCUUCUGUUUUAAGGAUUGAAAACUUUUAAGAAGGGUUAUUUUCUACCAGAACUAUACUCUAUUAACGUGCAAAAGCAUACAAAAUUCCGUUUCAUUUGAAACCCAUAUUGCAUAUAUUGAAAAUUUUAGUAUUUUCGAAAAAAUACGGUAUCUUGUGAAAAUUUUAGUUUUAAAUUAAAAAAAAACGCAUGGAAAAUUACGCGUUGUUUGAUACCCACAUUGCAAAUUUUGAAAAUAUGAGCAUUUUCAAAAAAAAAACGGCAUUUUGUGAAAAUUGUAGUGUUUUCCACAAAAACUUUAAUAAAGCGAAGAAGCACUCAAAAUAUUGCUUCGUUUGAUACCCAUAUUGCAAAUUUUUAAAAUUUGAGUACUUUCAAAAAAACGGUAUUUUGUGAAAAUUGUAGUAUUUUCAAAAAAAAACUUUUUUAUAAAGUAAAACAGAAUACCAAAUUUCGCUUCGUUUGGUACCCAUAUUGCAAUGAAAAUAAACUAACACAUAUUUGGUCCAAACUUCAAUGCUGUAGCUAUUUUGAAUAGCUAUUGUUCAACUCCUAAAACUUUUUUCCAAAAAACAACAAAUUUAAUUUUAAUAUUUAUUUUUUAAACAUAGCAGUAAAAAUAUUCAUGCUGUGGAUUUUGACGCCCCAUGAAUUUAACCAAAACAAAAAGCUAUUUUUGAUAUGUUAAUCAAAAUUGAAAAUAGUUUUAAGGCCAAAAGUAUUGAAAAUGUUGGUUGAGUCAAUCAUGAGUCGUUCAUCGUCGCCCGCGACAGACACAACCAACGAAACAAAGAUUAACGCAAAAAGUAACUUUUUCAAAACAUUGUUUCGUAAGAUCGUGAUAACUCGUUAUGGUUGUAAGCAAACCCUUUAUGUUUCUAUACCAUUUUUUUUUUUUUUUUGUAAUUGUCUGCAUUACAACUUUGUAGAACAUUAUAACACUCUAAAUAAUUACCCUGCAAAAUUAGAAAAAAACAAGAAAUUUUAAAAUGAAAAAUGAUGUUCUAAAUGAAAAAAAAUGGCCCUUCUGGGUUAAUGAAAAUUCGAAAAGUACAUUAAAUUUCUAUUAAAAUUACAUGUUCCAAAAUAAUUUACAGUCAAGUAACGAAAAAUGGAAUAGUUUUUAAACCUUUUUAAGUGUUUUUUCGAUGAAAAAUGCGUUUCUCGGAAUUUUGAGUACGCCAUCAAAUCGGAGACCAAUUUUACAUAAAAGUCCCUUUGACACCAAAUUUCCAUCUCAUCACCUUUUGAGGCUGCAAACUAUUGAAAAUCAUGUCUUUUUUCGCAUGUUCAAAAAUGGAAGGGGUCGUACCGCCUCUCCUUCACGAGAUAUCAAUAAAACGGAUUCAUGAUCAGGGACAAAAGUUACCCCUUAAGAAAAAGUUUAACGCAUAUCGGAGUGGGGUCGGGGCAACUGUUGUGUGAGUUGGCGGAGAAUUACCCCUAAAUUUUCCCAUCUUUUGAAUAUUUAAAAAUUGCACAAAUUGUGAGAUUUUCAAAUAUUUUCUGUUUCCAAAAAACAUCACUGAUGAAGAAGAGGUUUUUUUCUUGAAUCAAGUAUCUCAACCAAACACUGAAAGUAUAAAAAAAAACGUUACUUAAUCCACCCUUAGGUGGUUGGUGCCUUCCUCUCAUUCAAAGGGUAAUGCUAUCCAAAAUAGACACGCUCGUGGGAAGGUCUUUAAAUUACCUAUCCAAAGAUAGGUCGCAUGAUAUAUUUGGAAUACGUUUUCAUCUAAAUAUCUGAGAACUAGCCUCCAAAAAGUGUAUAAAUAACUCUUAAGUGCUUAUAACUUUUGAUAGGGUUGUCAGAUCUUCAAUGUUUUGGACGCGUUGGAAAGGUCUUUUGAUUACCUGUUCAACGACGGGUUGCAUGAUAGAUCCGGACAACGUUUUCAUCGUGAUAUCUGAGAUCCGGCUUCCAAAAAGUGCAUAAAUAACACUUAAUUGCUAAUAACUUUUGAUAGGGUUGUCAGAUCUUCAAUGUAUUGGUCGCGUUGGAAAGGUCUUUUAAAUACCUUUCUAAAAAUGUAUAACAUGCUGGGGUUUCUUACAAAAACCACCCUUUUUACAAUCUUCCGGACUUUAGUCAAAAUCGUUUUUUUAGCAUAACUUUUGAAGUACUUUACUAAACUUCAUAAUUUUCAAUAGGGACUUAUGGGACCCCAAGACGAAUCGAAUGAGACCAAAACGGUCCAAAUCGGUUAAGCCAGUGCUGAGAUAAUCGAGUGCAUAUUUUUUGGUGCACAGACCCACAUCCCUACACACACACACACACACAGACAUUUGCUCAGAAUUCGAUUCUGAGUCGAUAGGUAUACAUGAAGGUGGGUCUAGGAGGUCUAAUUGAAAAGUUCAGUUUUCGAGUGAUUUUAUAGCCUUUCCUCAGUAAGGUGAGGAAGGCAAAAACACAUUAAAACGCUCAUCUCAAGCAAACUUCAGGACCAUCCAAAGAGUUAUCAUUCGUCCUUGCCGAUAGCUUGUAGCGACCCACCGUUUUGAGUAUACCAACCCUCACAUUUCCUCAUCUCUAACCUCACUUUUCCACUGCACCCCAUUCAAAAAUUUACCAUAUUUCUAUCAUAGAAAGAGCCAGCUCUCAGCAUUGUUCUCGAAACGACAACGCGAAACUGAAAUCGCGAAUUUCUAACCUCCUUUGCAAUCAACAGUGCCGAAAUUAUAGUUAAGAGUCAGUCAGCACCCUCAGCUCAGUCUUUGACGUAUUCAAAUCUGUAUAAAAAAACACUCUCGAAGAAGUAAAACCUAGCGAAAAUACACAAAGAAACACCCCGAAUCUUGCGCGAAACGAAAAACAUCACCAUUCAUCUUUCGAGAGGGGGUUGAAAAAAGUCGUACCAAAAUUGAAUGAAAAUAAAAGAAGAAAAAGGAAAAAUGGCGCGCGAUAUUAAUGUUGCUUAAUCCAAUGGAAAAAUAUUCACCACAUUUAGACGAGAGAGGAGGCGCUGCCCGCAGGCAGCGUGAAAUCUCGACGACUUUGACGACUCCUCCUCGGCGACAUUUGCAUUUUGUGAAAUGCCAUUCACGGGUUGUCAGCAGGGUUUGAACCACCAGUGCACCGAUGACUUUUUCAGGAGGGGUUCUAAUACGCUGACGGGUGGAAUGAAGGCUGUCUGUCUGAAGAAGUCUAGAGAAAUGUUGAAGCUCGACGACUUACUGGAAGGGAUCGUAUUCGUUAGAUGGGGAUGAACAGUAAGUAUGUUGAGUUGGACAAAAAAUUUAACAAUAUUAUAGUUUUUUUUAAUUUGUAUUAUUAUUUUUUAUAUUGUAUAGAUAAUUAAAAAAAUUAACGACGAAAAAAUAUUUUCAAAAUUUACCAAUUUUAAAUUUAUUAAACCACUGUGCAUCAUCCUUAUGAAAGAGGUCGGUGAAAAGGUCUUGCACAGCGUUUGCAGGAGCAUGAUGAAUGACUUCUUGCAUAACUACCAUUGUUGUUACGAUUAUUGUUAUUAUUAUUGCUUUGCACCCCUCCCGCCCCAAUACCUCCAUGUACAGGGUCCUCAGGGAGAGAUGAUAUGCAAAUCGAGAGCAUUGGGUGCUCGGAACUCCUCCUUGCCCCGACGUUUUCUAUAAUCUUUAAGGGGGUUGUAAUACUGUUGCACUAGAAGAGGUGAUUGUGGUCUUAGCCAAGGCUAAAAACUGAUUUUAAAACUCGUUUUCGUUUGUUUAAUUUUAUUCAAUUAUAAAGAUUCUAAUUAAACAGUCUUAGAUUUUUUUUUUUUUUUUUUUGACCGCUCUAGAGUAAUCUUUAAAUUUAUAAUACAAGAUGGCGGCAGAACUCUUAUUUGAUAGCUAAAGUAAAAAAGUAGAUUUUUUUGUCCAAGGUUCGAUAAUCUAAGAUUUGAAUAAUCGAGCCUUUGGAUAAUGACGUCUGAGCUGUAUUAUUCAAAAAUAAUAUUUUUCUAUGCCUUUAAUUUGGAUUUUUCUCAUACUCUGUGAUGCUCAAAAUUGAAACAAAAGUUUAAUUUCAAGAAACAUAUUAUUUUGUGAUUUCCUUGCAAAUUUUUUUAAUCUAAUAAAAAAAACAGUAGCAAUGCUUUUUAUCAUUAUAUUUUUUUUUGUUAUCAAUUUAAGAUCACCUCAAUAUUUAUAACUAUAAUCAAAUAUAAAUGGCAUACAAUUUGAUUUAUGUUUCCUGUACAAAGUAAAAAAUUGUGAAAAUUUGAAAGGUGUAAUUUUGGUAGGUUGAAUAUGAUUUCUUUAAUGAUGCAAUUUUAUCUCAAUUUCACUGAAAAAGUGACAUCACAACAGAGAAGUGGUAAAAUUACACAUUUUCUGAAGUAAAAUUACACAUUUUUACUGACAUAAAAGAUGUAUCCCUUCCAAGAUCUAAUAUUACCAUGAUUUUUUUACUGUGUACACUAAGAUAAAAAAAACCACAUUUUUUUUAUAAAUUACUUGAAACAACAUUUCCCAUGGUUCAUCGGUCCAUUUGUCUUUUAUUGUUUCAUAAUUUUCUUUUAUUUUUAAUAUUUUUAGAUGAAUUUAUAUUAAUUAAGUUAUUUUUUUCUGAUAGUAGAAAGCCGAUUCUAUUACCUGUAAUCAUUUUCUUAUUCCUCUGCUGUGUUUUUCUUAUUUUCUAGUCGCUUAUUAUUUAAUAAGAAUAAGAAGAAUAAGAAUAAUAAGAAUUUUCAAUGCUGCAUAGUUAUUUUUAGUAACCUUUAAUAAUUAUAUGCCCAUUUGUGCUUUAAGUUGUUUAUACAGUUAUAAUUAUUAUUCAACUCAGUUAUUGUGUGAUUUUUAUCAGGAUCAUUUUUUUAAAUAAAUUAUGAUUGCAUUAUUUUUAGUCAAAUGUAAUGGAAAAAAAAUCUGGAUUAAAAUCUCACAAUAAUUCUAUGCAAUAACAAAAAAUAUUGUAUGAACAAUUCAAAGUACCAAUUCAAAAGACAAAUUUUAAAACAAAUAUGAAGUUUCCAAAUAAUAGAGGCAAAAUGUUACUCUUGGGGUUGCAAUCGAGCGACAAAUCAAUUCAAGAAAUAGGUUGGAAUCACUUUCAAUUGUUUUGUACCAAUAAAUGUAAUUUUGAACAUUACAAAUAUAGUGAAAUUUUUGAAGACAAUUAUACUUAUAAUAAACAACAGUUUCACAAAACUUGUUUGUCAACAUAAAAAAAAAAGUUUUCAAAUGUUGAAAAGCAUAUGAAAAAGCAUAUAUUCAUCAAUUUAUUUGAAAAUCAAUCUGACUUUAAUUUACUGAGAUGAUUUUGAAUUACAUAACGAAACUUAAAAAAAAAACUUAAAGUAGCAAGAAAUGCUUUGACAUGAUAACAAUCAUCGGAAUGCCCGACUGAUUUUGGAAAUGCAUAAGAAUUCUUGAGUAUUUUUUAAAAAAGCUCAUAACUAUUGCCAAAAAAAAAAUGCAAUUUUGGUCAUUUAUUGCCUAUUUUAUUUAUAAUUUUGGUUAUUACCGAUGACAAGACCUGCAUCGGCCAAUAUUUCUCAAAGGCGAACUGUUAAAAAGUUGAGUUUUAUUGAUUUUUCUUAAAGAAAGAUUCAAAUUAAUGUGUUUUUUUUUUUUGGCUGAAAGUAAUGCAUCAGAUCCAGACAGCAUCUUUAACUUAGGUGUUUCAAGUUAGAAUAACGCAUCCGAAUGCACUUUUCUUUUCAAAAAAUUUGCUUCGCGUGAUUUUUAACUGGAAAGAUUUUUUUUAAUAAAAAAAAUGAUUCAAAUACAAAUUGAAACUUUCAAAAUCAUUUUCUAAAUUUUUGUCGCUUAACAAUUACAAAUAAAUGGUUUUUAAAGAGUUUAUGUUUUUCAACCUUUUAAUUCAUAUAAUGUUGGCCUUUUUUCCACUAAAAUCCCUUUUUUCACAUCCCACAAUCCACUGAGAGGCCAAUCCAACUGUUGCCGCCUGUCACGGUCGCCGGUGAAUUCAACCCAAACCCCAAAAGAAGACAUUUACGAAAUGCAAAUGAGUCGAGAGUGGUGCCGUGCAGCAGCAAGCAUAAAUAAUACGCUCAAAUAAACCAUACCAAAUAAAGAAACCCCCUUUCAGUGCAGCGCAGUGGCCAACAAAAACAGCAAGCUUUUCGCGAUUGGCAGAGCUUUCCGCUUCCCACAAUCCCCUUUGACAGAGAAGAACUUGAAACCCGUUUUCCCCCAACUCCCCUUAAAUAAAUAAAAACUAAAAAAAGCCAAACGAUGCGCCAGGGAGGGUUUAGCAGUGUAAAGUGUAAAAAAGAUUAUUAUACAUAAAAAUAAUAAAUGAAACGAGCGUUACGAGAUAAAGUUCGUUUUGAAACAUAAAAAGAGUGAGGAAAAGUAGUGUAACCACGAAGCAGUGAAACGACGACUUGACAUCAAUCAAAAAAGCGCGCGCUCGGACUUUAGACUCAACGUGGCGUAACAAGCUCCGCACAGAAUAUAGAUAAAGUAAAUUUAAUGAACGAAACGAAAGUGUAGGAGAAAACAAAGUUUUUGUGUACAUAUUAAGUAAGUAGUAAUAAGAAAAGGUCAGAGAUUAAAAGCAAAAGUUGGUAAAUUGUAGCAUUAAAUGGAAGAAAAGGCACAUUUAAAAAAGGAGCAAGAUGGACGGGUCGUGAAACUGUAGAAUCGUGUGCUUCUGUUUACGAGCAAAGACACUGUAAACUGUUGAUCUCAACUGCGGAGGUGGUCGCGCGAUGAAAGGGAAAGCAUUCCAACUGAUUCGAUAUUGUUGCGGCUUAGGCAGUGAAAUUCAAUGAAUUUAUGUGUGAUAUGAGGAAAAAAAUAUUGAUAUUGAUGAUAUAGAGAUACUAUUGACAAAACAACAAAAAAGCAGAAUAAAACAACCAAAUGAAUAUAGUUUAAUUGAUUAUUGAAAUAGUACUGAGGAUGUAAUUUUAAAUGCAAAUACACUGAAACAUUACGUAUGAUGAA